AUGCUGAAUGUUAGUACCAGCUCCUGGGGUGCUGCUCUGAAACAGACCCUGCCCUGUGCCCUCGCAGUGGGGGAUAAGAGUUUCAUCUAUACAUGUGGCGGUACACUGAAAGGCCGAAAUGGCAGUAUAGAAUCGCCAGGCUUUCCCUAUGGCUACCCUAAUGGAGCGAACUGCACCUGGGUCAUUGUCGGGGAGGAAGGAAGUCGAAUCCAGCUGAUGUUCUUGUCCUUUGCCAUAGAAGAAGAAUAUGACUUCUUGUCCUUGUAUGAUGGACACCCACACCCUGCUAACUUCAGAACCAGGCUAACAGGCUUCCAGGUUCCUCCCCCUGUCACCAGUACAGGAAAUGUCUUCUCUUUGAGGUUGACCAGUGACUUUGCGGUCUCUGCACAUGGCUUCAAACUCAACUAUGAAGAACUCCACAGUACGUCUUGUGGAAACCCUGGUGUCCCACCCAAAGCAGUGCUAAGUGGUGGCGGACGUUUUGCGGUGGGAGACCGUGUGCGGUACAGCUGUGUUCCUGGUUACGUCUUAGACGGCCAUGCCACACUCACCUGCAUUACCAAUACAGGAAACACCGCCGUCUGGGACUUUCCUGCUCCAAUUUGUCGAGCUGAGGACACAUGUGGGGGCACUGUGAGGGGCGGCAGUGGGGUGGUGACCAGUCCCGGUUACCCCGGCAACUAUGGUAACCAGGCCGACUGUACUUGGAUCCUAUUGGCCGAACCUGGAGACACCAUCUCUGUCAUCUUUACAGACUUCCAGACAGAGGAGAAGUAUGACUACCUGGAAGUUGAGGGAUCUGAACCACCCACCAUUUGGUUGUCGGGCAGUAAUGUCCCCUCUCCCAUCGUUAGCAACAAGAACUGGCUCCGACUGCAUUUUAUGACUGAUAGCAACCACCGUUACCGUGGUUUCAGCGCACAUUAUCAAGUGAAGCGAUCAGUAGAUUUUAAAUCGCGCGGCGUUAAAUUAUUCCCUGGCAAAGACUCCAGCAACAAGUUUUCAAUAUUAAAUGAAGGUGGUGUGAGACAGGCAUCUAACUCCUGCCCUGACCCGGGAGAGCCAGAGAAUGGAAAACGCCAUGGCAAUGAUUUCAGCAUUGACGGUGUGGUGCAGUUCAGUUGCGGAGAAGACUAUGUUCUUCAGGGCAGUAAAACAAUUACCUGCCAGAGAGUGGCUGAAGUCUUUGCGGCUUGGAGUGACCACAGACCGGUCUGUAAAGUAAAGACGUGUGGCAGUAAUCUUCAAGGGCCAUCGGGAACCUUUACAUCUCCUAACUUCCCCAUUCAAUAUGAGAGCAAUGCGCAGUGUGUGUGGAUAAUUACUGCUUCAAAUCCUAAUAAGGUAAUCCAGAUCAACUUUGAAGAGUUUGACCUGGAGAUAGCCUAUGAUACUCUGACCAUAGGAGAUGGAGGAGAGGUGGGAGAUCCUACAGCUAUACUGCAGGUCCUAUCAGGUAGCUUUGUUCCUGACCUGAUAGUCAGUAUGACCCACCAGAUGUGGCUUCACCUACAGUCAGAUGAGAGUGUCGGCUCUAUAGGAUUCAAGAUCAACUAUAAGGAAAUAGACAAAGAGAGUUGUGGCGACCCUGGAACUCCUCUCUAUGGAAUAAGAGAAGGGGACAGCUUCUUAAAUGGAGGAAUUCUGAGGUUUGAGUGCCAGUUUGGAUUUGAGCUGAUUGGAGAGAAAACUAUCUCCUGCCAAGACAACAAUCAGUGGUCAGCAAACAUCCCCAUAUGCAUAUUCCCCUGCAUGUCCAACUUCACAGCUCCCUCAGGAACUGUACUCUCCCCAGAUUACCCAGAAGGCUAUGGAAACAACAUGAACUGUGUCUGGCUCAUCCAAUCAGAUCCAGGCUCCAGAAUCCACUUGGCAUUUAAUGACUUUGACCUCGAGGCACCCUAUGAUUCCCUAACGGUGAAAGAUGGCGAGACAAAUGAUGCCGGCGUCAUCGGGAGGUUCUCUGGAGCUGAGAGUCCUUCCCAUCUGACAUCCAAUACCAACACACUGAGACUGGAGUUUCAGGCUGAUCACUCCAUGUCAGGAAGAGGAUUUAAUAUCACAUACAGUACAUUUGGCCAUAAUGAGUGCCCAGACCCUGGCAUUCCAAUCAACGCUCGCCGCUUUGGAGACAGCUUCCAGCUUGGCAGCUCCAUUUCUGUGGUCUGCGAGGACGGUUUUAUCAAAACCCAAGGAACCGAGACCAUCUCCUGUCAGUUAGAAAAAGGAAAAGUCAUGUGGAGUGGGCCCAUUCCUAAAUGUGAAGCCCCGUGUGGAGGCCACUAUUCAGCCCCGAAUGGAGUGAUUUUGUCUCCUGGGUGGCCUGGUUACUAUAAAGAUUCCCUCAGCUGUGAGUGGGUGAUUGAAUCAGAACCUGGUCGCUCCAUCAAAAUCACAUUUGACAGGUUCCAAACAGAGCUGGGUUAUGACUUUCUGGAGAUCCAUGAUGGGCCAAACCUCCUGUCUCCUCUGGUUGGCUCCUUUAAUGGUACCCAGGUGCCCCAGUUCCUGUUCAGCACCAGCAACUUUCUUUAUCUACUGUUUACCACCGAUAACAGCCGGUCAAAUGCUGGCUUCAAAAUAUUAUAUGAAAGCGUUACAGUGGACAGCUACUCAUGCCUGGACCCUGGUAUCCCUGUCAAUGGUAUUCGGUAUGGGCAGGAUUUCUCCAUCGGGUCCACAGUAUCAUUCGGUUGUGGUUCUGGCUACAGACUCAGCCAUGAGGAGCCACUAGUAUGCGAGAAGAACCACUGGUGGAGCCACCCUUUACCUACAUGUGACGCUCUAUGUGGCGGAGAUGUUAGAGGUCCCUGGGGAACCAUCCUUAGUCCCGGCUAUCCAGACAGCUACCCUUCAUCUCUCAACUGUACCUGGACUGUUGAAGUCAGCCACGGGAAAGGUGUCCAGUUUCAGUUCAGCUCUUUUCACCUGGAGGACCAACAUGACUACCUCUUGGUUACUGAAAACGGAAGUUUCCUGCAACCACUGGCUCGCCUGACCGGCAACGAGUUGCCUAGCAACAUCAAUGCUGGUCUCUAUGGCAACUUCAAAGCCCAGCUACGAUUCAUCUCUGACUUUUCGAUUUCAUAUGAGGGCUUCAACAUAACGUUCUCUGAAUAUACUUUGGAGCCAUGUGAGGACCCUGGGAUGCCGCGGUUUGGCAGAAGAAACGGCUACAGUUUUGGAAUUGGAGACACUUUGUCUUUUUCCUGCAAUAUGGGUUACCGCCUAGAGGGGGUGCCAGAGGUAAUCUGUCUGGGAGGAGGGCGGAGAAUGUGGAGCUCACCUCUACCAAGAUGUGUCGCGGAGUGUGGUUCUUCAGUUAUGAACAAUGAAGGGAUCCUUCUCUCUCCAAACUAUCCAAUGAACUAUGACAACAACCACGAGUGCAUCUACAGCAUCCAGGUGCAAGCUGGGAAAGGCAUCAACAUAUCUGCUCGAACCUUUCAUCUUGCCCAAGGGGAUAUACUCAAGAUUUAUGAUGGCAAAGACAGCACAGCCCAAGUUCUGGGAGCAUUCACGGGAUCGUCUAUGUUGGGCCUGACGCUGAUCUCCACUUCCAACCAUCUCUGGCUGGAAUUUUACAGUGAUGCAGAAAGUACAGGGGAAGGAUUCAAAUUGGUCUACUCCAGUUUUGAGUUGUCUCAUUGUGAGGACCCAGGCGUGCCACAGUUCGGCUUCAAGGUCAAUGACCAAGGUCAUUUCUCCGGGAGCAGCAUCACAUACAGAUGUGAGCCCGGAUACACUCUGCAUGGUGCUUCCACACUGAAGUGCAUGACUGGCGAAAGGAGAGCCUGGGAUAACCCUCUGCCUUCUUGUAUCGCGGAGUGUGGUGGCCGUUUUAAAGAUGAGUCUUCAGGGAGGAUUCUGUCCCCUGGGUACCCUUUUCCUUAUGACAAUAAUCUGCGCUGCACCUGGACCAUCGAGGUGGAUUCAGGAAACAUUGUGAGUCUGCAGUUCUUGGCCUUUGACACGGAAGCCAGCCACGACAUGCUGAAGGUUUGGGAUGGACCACCUGAGAAUGAAAUGUCUCUGUCAGAGCUCAGUGGGUCACUGCUACCUGAGGGAAUCCACUCCACACUGAACACUGUCACUGUUCAGUUUGAGACUGAUUUUUACAUCAGCAAGUCAGGAUUCGCUAUUCAGUUCUCUAGCUCAGUAGCUACAGCCUGCAGGGACCCAGGUGUACCAAUGAAUGGCAGUCGUAGUGGAGAUGGCCGUGAGCCGGGGGAUUCGGUGUCCUUUCAGUGUGACCCAGGAUACGAACUCCAGGGGGAUGACAAAAUCACCUGUAUACAAGUGGAUAACAGAUACUACUGGCAGCCGAGCCCACCAGUCUGCAUAGCUCCAUGUGGAGGAAACCUAACUGGCUCCAAUGGAUUUAUACUGUCUCCUAACUACCCACAUCCCUACCCACACUCCAAGGACUGUGAUUGGCUCAUUGCUGUCAACUCUGACUACGUCCUGUCGCUGGCUUUUAUCGGUUUCAACAUUGAGCCAAACUAUGACUUCCUGUAUAUCUAUGAUGGUCCGGAUAGCAACAGUCCUCUGAUAGGUAGCUUCCAGGACAGCAAACUCCCAGAGCGGAUAGAGAGCAGUUCGAAUACGAUGCAUUUAGCAUUCCGCAGUGAUGGGUCUGUUUCUUACACUGGCUUUCACCUGGAAUACAAAGCUAAGCUGAGGGAAUCAUGUUUCGACCCUGGUGUGGUUCUGAAUGGGACCAGGCUGGGAUCCGAUUAUAAGCUUGGCUCUACCGUCACCUUCUAUUGUGAGGCUGGAUAUGUUUUGCAGGGCUAUUCUACCCUAACCUGUAGUAUGGGAGAUGAUGGCAGACCUGGAUGGAACAGGGCAUUGCCUAGUUGUCAAGCUCCCUGUGGAAGUCGUUCAACAGGAACAGAAGGGACUGUUUUAUCUCCAAACUUCCCCAGAAACUAUACCUCUGGACAGACCUGUGUCUACUCUAUAUCUGUACCGAGAGAGUUUGUCCUCUUUGGACAGUUUGUGUUGUUCCAGACAUCUCUAAAUGAUGUGGUGGAAAUCUACAAUGGACCAACUCAACAAAACACGCUACUGUCUUCUCUCUCUGGAUCCCACUCUGGUGAGUCUCUUCCUCUCAGUUCUGGAAAUCAGAUCACAGUGAAGUUUACCACGGUCGGACCAGAAACUGCAAAGGGUUUUCACUUCGUCUACCAAGCUGUCCCGAGGACCAGCUCCACCCAGUGCAGUUCGGUCCCUGAACCGCGCUUUGGGAAGCGUCUCGGUAAUGACUUUGCAGUUGGCUCAUUGGUGCAGUUCGAGUGCAACCCUGGUUAUGUCCUGCAUGGCUCAACUGGCAUACGUUGUGAGAGUGUACCCGACAACCUGGCACAAUGGAAUGACACCCUGCCAACAUGCAUAGUUCCCUGUGGGGGUAUGUUGACCUCUCGUCGUGGGACCAUCCUAUCGCCUGGAUAUCCAGAGCCCUACGACAACAACCAGAACUGUGUGUGGAAGGUCUCUGUUCCAGAAGGGGCUGGAAUACAGAUACAAGUUGUGAGUUUUGCCACUGAGCAUAACUGGGACUCUUUGGAUUUUUACGAUGGUGCCGACAACCAUGGACCAAGACUGGGCAGCUACUCUGGCACCACCAUUCCCCUUCUCCUGAAUAGUACAUCUAACAACCUCUAUCUCAGCUUCAACUCUGAUAUUAGUGUCUCAGCUGCUGGUUUCCACUUGGAAUAUACAGCUAUUGGUCUGGAGUCAUGUCCAGAGCCUCAGACUCCAAACUAUGGAAUAAGACAAGGAGACAGAUUUAUGGUGGGAGACGUCGUACAGUUUUCAUGUGAACAAGGAUACUCUCUUCAGGGCAAUGCCCAUAUCACCUGCAUGCCUGGACCUGUUCGAAGAUGGAACUACCCUGUACCACUAUGUCUUGCCCAGUGUGGUGGGUCUAUGACAGAUGUAAGUGGAGUGAUUCUAAGUCCUGGUUUCCCCGGCAACUACCCCAGUGGAUUAGACUGCACAUGGACAGUUAACUUACCUGUCGGCUUCGGUAUCCAUCUCCAGUUUCUGAACUUCUCUACUGAAGCGAUCCAUGAUUAUUUGGAGAUCCGCAGUGGAACACUGGAGCUGGGCUCGGUCAUUGACCGGUUCAGCGGUCCAGUCAUCCCCAAGCCUCUGUUCAGCACCACUCACCAGACCAGCUUCUUCUUCCACAGUGACUAUUCACAAAACAAACCAGGGUUCCACAUCACAUAUCAAGCCUACCAGCUCCAGAGUUGCCCAGACCCUCGGCCAUUUCGAAACGGCAUCGUGAUUGGCACAGAUUUCAGUGUUGGGAUGACGGUGUCGUUUGAAUGUCUCCCCGGAUAUUCUCUGAUCGGAGAGGCUUCACUCACAUGUUUACAUGGUAUCAGCAGGAACUGGAAUCACCCACUACCGCGUUGUGAAGCUCUCUGUGGUGGCAACAUCACAUCAUUAAAUGGGACUAUUUACUCUCCUGGUCACCCUGAGGAAUACCCCAACUUCCAGGACUGUGUGUGGAGUGUUAGAGUUCCUCCUGGACACGGGAUCUACAUCAAUUUUACUGUACUGAGCACUGAGCCCAUAUAUGACUACAUUACCGUCUGGGAUGGCCCAGACCAAUCAUCUCCUCAGAUUGGCCAGUUUAGUGGGAACACGGCUUUGGAGUCUGUCUACUCGACUUCAAACAUCAUCCUCAUCAAAUUCCACUCUGACUUCUCUGGAGCCGGCUUCUUUGUAUUAAGCUACCAUGCCUACCAAUUAAGGGUUUGCCAGCCUCCUCCAGAAGUGCCCAAUGCUGACAUGCUGAUGGAAGACGGAGAGUUGGAGAUAGGUGACAUCAUCAGGUACAGAUGCCAUCCUGGAUUCUCAUUGGUUGGCAGUGAGAUUCUCACAUGUCGCCUAGGAGAAAGACUACAGAUGGAUGCACCACCUCCAACAUGCCAAGUCCAAUGCCCUGCGCAUGAUGUACGAUACGACUCUUCAGGUGUCAUCCUGAGCCCCGGUUGGCCAGAAAGCUACCCUAACCUCCAAAUGUGUUCAUGGAGCGUCACAGUAGAGAAAGGAUACAAUGUCACCAUUACCUUUGAAAGUUUCCACACUGAGAGAGAGUUUGACGUGUUGACAAUUUUUGAUGGUCCAACAUCCAACAGUCCCACUCUGGCAACGCUGAGCGGUGACCUGCCAACACCCUUUAACCUCACAUCCUCUGGUCACCAGUUCCUGGUCAGCUGGUCUUCAGACCAUGGCACGAACAAGAAAGGCUUCAAAAUUCGCUAUGUUGCUCUGUACUGCUCAACCCCCGACUCUCCGCUCCAUGGCUCUAUCUCCUCUCAAAGCGGCGGCCAUAUUAACAGCGUGGUGCGCUGGGCUUGCGACCGUGGUUACCGUCUCAUAGGCAAUGCCACAGCAACCUGCCGCCGCUCGUCACUGGGCUACCACGCAUGGGACUCUCCUGUACCUGCGUGUCAAGCUGUCUCAUGCGGGGCACCCAAGGCUCCUAUAAACGGCGGCGUUUUAACAGCCGACUACUCUGUCGGAACAAGAGUUUCCUAUUUUUGUAACGACGGGUACAGACUCUCCAGUAAAGAACUGACGUCAGCCAUCUGUCAGCCUGAUGGAACAUGGAGCAACCACAAUAAGAUACCACGGUGUUCUGUGGUGGUAUGUCCAAGCAUCGGGUCAUUUUCUUUAGAGCACGGCCGCUGGAGGAUUGUCAACGGCUCACACUACGAAUACAGAACUCGCAUUGUGUUCACCUGCGAUCCGGGAUACUACAGAUUAGGCCCCGCCCACAUCCAGUGCUUACCAACUGGUGUGUGGAGCUGGAGAAAUGAGAGACCACACUGCCAGGUUAUAUCCUGUGGUGAGCUGCCAUCUCCACCCAGUGGGAAGAAGAUUGGUACUCAGACAACAUUUGGCGCUACGGCCAUCUUUACCUGCGAUGCUGGCUUCAUGCUAGUGGGGUCAGCUGUCAGAGAGUGCCUGUCAUCUGGGCUUUGGAGUGGAAUGGAAACACGGUGUUUAGCUGGUCACUGUGGAAUCCCAGAAGGCAUUGUGAACGGCCAGGUCAUCGGGGAGAACUUUGGUUACCGUGACACGGUGGUAUAUCAGUGUCUGCCUGGCUUUCGACUAAUAGGCUCAUCGGUUAGAAUCUGUCUCCAAGACAACCAGUGGUCUGGACUGCUGCCUGUCUGUAUAUCAAUCAGCUGUGGCCAUCCCGGAAGUCCCAUAUAUGGUCGUACUGUGGGAAACGGCUUCAACCUCAAUGAUGUGGUCAGCUUUGUUUGUCAUCGGGGUUACGAAAUGGAGGGGCCCGCACAUGCUCAGUGUCAGGCCAACCGCCAGUGGAGCCACCCGCCCCCAACGUGUAAAGUGGUCAAUUGCUCUGACCCAGGUAUCCCAGCUAACUCCAUCCGGCAGAGUAAAAUAGAGCAUGGGAACUUUACCUUUGGCACUGUGGUUUUCUACGACUGUAACCCUGGCUAUUACCUGUUUGGAUCACCUGUACUGACCUGUCAACCUACUGGACAGUGGGACAAACCCCUACCUGAAUGUAUAGUUGUAGAUUGUGGUCAUCCCGGCUCUCCCCCUAACGGUGUGCUGAGUGGAGAUAAGUUUACAUUUGGUUCAACGGCUCGAUACUCCUGUCUGGGCGGAAGACAGCUGAAAGGAGAAUCAUCCAGGACUUGUCAGCUCAACGGGAUGUGGAGUGCCCCGAUGCCCUUCUGCUCUGGCGACACUGCUGGUUCCUGUGGCGAUCCUGGCAUUCCCUCACACGGUUUGAGGGAGCAAACGGAUUUCAGGAUCCGUUCCAAGGUUCACUUCAGCUGCUCUGAGGGCUAUGAUCUGAUUGGUUCUUCAGAGAGGAUGUGCUUCCCUAAUGGGACGUGGUCCGGCACACAGCCCUUCUGUAAACCUGUCCAGUGUGGUAACCCUGGCACUCCCAGUAAUGGCAGAGUAUUUCGUUUGGAUGGAACAACAUUUUCUCACUCUGUCAUCUACUCCUGCAUGGAUGGCUACCUGCUCACCGGCGCCACCACCAGGCUGUGUCAGGCAAACGGGUCCUGGUCAGGAGCACAGCCCAACUGUACCAUGAUAAACUGCGGGGAUCUAGGUGUGCCAGCUAACGGCCUUCGCUAUGGAGAAGACUUUACAAUUGGUCAGAAUGUUUCCUUCCAGUGCCAACCAGGAUACAGAAUGGAGGAGGAUGGAUCACCUGUGAGAACGUGCACCCAAAACGGGACGUGGAGUGGGAUUAUGCCUAUGUGUACAGCGGUGACCUGCCCAGCUCCCCCUGUCAUCAGUAAUGGGGUAUUGCAGGGCAGUGACUUUGAAUGGGGCAGCAGUGUGAGCUAUAGUUGCUCACCUGGAUAUGAGCUCUCAUUCCCGGCUGUCCUGACCUGCGUGGCCAAUGGCACCUGGAGCGGCAUGCUACCACAGUGCUUACCCAAGUUUUGUGGUGACCCAGGUACUCCAGUCGGGGGUUUCAGAGAGGGACGCAGUUUCAUCUACCAAUCAGAAGUUACCUUCAGUUGUGCUCCUCCUCUCAUUCUGGUUGGCACGGCAACUAGACUUUGUGAAAGUGACGGUACCUGGAGUGGUACGCAGCCUCGCUGUAUCGAACCGACCAGAACCAGCUGUGAGAACCCGGGAACGCCACGCUACGGCUCCUUAAACCGCACCUAUGGUUUCAAGGUGGGGAACGUGGUGUCAUUUCAGUGCCAGCCAGGUCAUUUGAUUCAGGGCUCUUCCUCUAGAACCUGCCAGCCUGAUCUAACGUGGAGCGGAUCACAACCUGAGUGCAUACCCCAUGCCUGUAAGCAGCCAGAGAGCCCGCUCCAUGUGGACGUGGUGGGGAUGGAUCUGCCUGGUUUUGGCUACACCUUGGUGUACAGCUGUCAGCGUGGCUACUUCCUGGCGGGAGGUUCUGAACACCGAGUCUGCAAGAGUGACGGCACAUGGACAGGAAAGAUGCCUAUAUGUCGAGCUGGAGAGAAGAAGAAACCUGUGAAACCAGCAACAGGAACUCCCAGCCCCAAACUAAACGUUCCAGAUGAUGUCUUUGCUCCGAACUACAUAUGGAAAGGUUCCUAUAAUUACCGUGGGAGGAAGCAGCCUAUGACACUGAGCAUCACCAGCUUCAACUCCACAACAGGAAGAGUCAACGUCUCCCUCAGUAAUGGCAACAUGGACCUGCUCCUAUCAGGAGUGUAUAAGGCUUCUGAGGCCAGGCUGUUACUGCUGAUGUACCAGGUGAACUACGCAAACCAGGGAACCCAGCUCAAAGAUUCAGCCCUAUCUCCAGCCAAAAUCAUAGAUGACUCCUGGACCAUGGAUGGAUUUGUAUCAGCAGAGCCUGAUGGUUCUAGUUACGUAUUUCAGGGUUUCAUUCAGGGAAAAGACUACGGACAGUUUGGACUGCAAAGACUGGGUCUGAAUAUGUCAGAGAGUCAGAACUCGUCACCCCCUCAGCUUGGUACCAACAGCAGUUCCGUGGCUAUCGCUAUUCUGGUGCCUUUCUUCGCUCUAAUAUUCACUGGCUUUGGCUUCUAUCUCUACAAACAACGAACCACACCAAAAACACAGUACACAGGCUGCUCAGUCCAUGAAAACAACAACGGCCAGGCUGCCUUUGAGAACCCCAUGUACAACACCAACGCCAAGGCUGUGGAGGGGAAGGCUGUUAGAUUCGAUCCGAAUCUAAAUACUGUGUGUACCAUGGUCUGAGGAUUGUUUAUCCUCACUUGAACUGAAUGACUUUAGACAUCUAAUGGGACCACAACUGGUGCGAGGCUGCGGAGGGGAAAGCCGUAUGCUUCGACUCAAACCUCAACGUUGUCAGCAACACGGCCUAUAAAUCGAUGGCAAAAGACGUUCAGUCCCACUUCAGAAACCUAAGCUCCCCAAGCAGAGUUAAAAACCAAAACCUAGUGUUGGCUCCUUUCAUUUACAGUAUUUUUGUAUCCACAAUUUCAACAAACGUAAACACAAAAUGUCUGCUACCUUUGACGGAUGCAACACAGCCAAGUGAAAGAAAAGUAUGCAACCCAACUGAAAACUAUACUGGCUAUUAUUCAUCUCCAACCCCACGACUCAGCUGGUCAUGGAUAGUUUAAAAUGUGCCAAUAAUACCAAUAGUAAUGAUUAAGCCAUGACCAGCUUGACGGUCAUCACGACAUGUCACCAUAACCCAAUGCAGAGCUUUGUGUUUCACACAGAGCUUUGGAGAGAAGGACCCGCUCUCAGCUCUGUAACCGUUAAGAGGGAGAUCACAUCACCAGUGCUCUGGCCAUGGUUAUACAUCACGGAGAUAAAACUGCGUUGCAGGAACGGGUUGAUUUCAUUUGUACCACUUUGUCUCCCCGGCUGUACUGAACAAAUCCUUACUGUGUGGAACACAGAUGCAAAAUGGCCCACAGAUGGGAAAGUGUGACAUGAAGAGGAUGUCACGGAAGACACUGUGAAGCAAAAAAAACGGUUUCUGAGUAUCUGGUUUCAAGACUGACGGUAAAAGACACUGUCACCAGAAGACCAUCAGUUAACCAGACUGACUAGUUGUGAACAGGAGCCUAUUUCUAAAAUGACCACUGAAUACAACACCCUCUCAACCAGACAGGACAACCUGCUGUCUCCAUGACAACCAGAGGCUGGUAUUACCAGUCUUUUUCUAUGAAAGCAGACUCUAACACAGCUAAUGCUAGCAGACAGUAGCAAAAGUUGCUUUGAAAAAAGACUAACUCCAAAGUAGAAGGAUAAGGGCAGCCCUGGAGACACAGCUAUAAUCCUCACUGAACUGGGAUUAGAGCAAAGCAAAACUAAAAGGAGUCCAAAGGGGAGCUAGCACUAAUAGAACAGAAGGGAAGAGACUGACUCAUCUAAUGGAUGAACUGCUCCUUCACAUCCAAUGGAUAAGAGAGGAGGCUGAGGAGACAGAGACAACCCUUUACUGAACUGGAAGUAGUGUGAGGGAGUCAUCAAGAGAAAAGACGAGAUCUUAAAAUCCUAACGCAGCCAAUCAGAGCCGUUCUAACCUGAAAUCAACUACUGAGAGAGGUCAGCCUUCUCCCUACAUAAUGAAUCGGAUCAGACAGAGUACGGCCUUGAGGAAAGAUGUUUCUGAUCCUGUGAAUUUAAAUGGAUUCUGAUGAGAACGAUGCUGAAUGGAUACAGAGGACUCUGAUGGACUAGCAAAGCGAAAGACUUUGAGGAACAGAGAACGCUCUGGCACUAAAGCACAUUUGGACUAAAAAGAUGGACUGACACAGGGACAGAUAGAAAGGUUAGAGAGAAACUGACAGGAUGAAUGGCAGACAGGAAUAAUGACAGGUACACACACUAACACAAAUUUGGAGAGACGGAAAGACAGAUGGUAUUAAGACCAACAGUUAGACACACAAGGAGAUAGACAGAAGACUGUUGCAGACCACCGUCCACUGCUUCUACUUCCCAGACAGAUUUAAAGUUUAAACACAGAUUAACAGAGACUGAUCGACAGGAGACACAGACAGACAGAAAUUGACAGACAGGCUAUAAGAAAGACAAACAGGGUUGUAGCCCUACGAUUGUGGACACAGUCCCACUGUAAUUCUGCACUCUGCGAGUGCUUAUCUUCUUUCUUUCUUAUUGCUGCAGAAUCUUCUGAUCUGUAAAUCUAUUGCAUAUAUAUUCGGGAGCAUUCACCACCUAUAUUUUUGUGCUAUAUAUUUACCACUGGGGGAGGGGGGAUGAAGGGGAAAGAUGGAUUAUAGCAGAGUUUUUUUUUUUGGUUUUUUUUAAAGAAGAAAAAAAGAAAUAUCAGAAUAAAAGAUAUUACAACUAUGUGCUGUUCACAGAAGUCACACACAGUAUUUUGGUUCCUUUGUAACAUGGAAUUGUUUCUUUUCAUUUCCUGUGUAACGUGAAGUUCCUCUCACCAUCACUGUCUUUCCCACUGAGGCAAUCAUUAGUGUCAGUGGUAUUGUUGUUGUCAUUAUUGUUUAGAUAUAAGGUUUGCCAGCAACAAUCAUGCUCUUUAAAGUUAAUGUUUCACCAAGCAUUCAUCACAGGUGGCAGAUUUCUAAACCAUUAACAGAUGGAGUUUGUGCUAUGGCCAUUUAUUUUGUAUUUUUUUUGCCCCUUCACUAGAUCUGUUGGCUACUACACAUACAUACUGUACAUGUCCUCCAUAAUUGUCACCUUUGUGACACAGACAUUUUAAUGAUCUGCUGGAAGAAGGGGACUGGUUGCUAACCUAACUGGUGAUACAAUGCCACCGAAAUUUGCACAUCAAAACUCUUGAGUUCAAAGAUGUCAACAAACUCAGCGUUGUCAUGGCAACACAGAAACAUCCCAGCUCUUGAUGGAACCCACGUGUUUAAAUUACACAUUGGCAAAAAUCUUAUCUAGCUCCAACUCUGGUUCAGGUUAAUGUUUUUCAUUGUCUCUCACAAGGCCAGGCUAAAAGUAGAAACAUAAAAGGAUAAAAAUGAUAAUAGUGAUAACUGCUGGUGAACUGUUUGUGGAUGGCGGUCUACGUUCAAGAUGUUUUGACCCACGUAGGAAAUUUGUUUGCCAGUUCAUGUUUGUAUUGUCUCCAUCAUACAUUUUAGGGUGUUUUCAAUGGGUUUGUUUGUGAAAUAUUGCUAAAAUUAUGAUCUAAUUAAGUUGCAAAAUAUACAGGUUUUAACCAUGUUUGUUCAUAAAGCCUCAAAGACAAGAUCUGUAAAUAUUACAUGAUCAUCACCUCCAGGUUUUAUAUCACUGAGUCUUGGUUCUAAAGGUUUCCCCCUCUGUUAAAGAUGUGUUUGGUCUAACAAAUCAAUUCUGAAAUGUCUGAGAUCACGUGAAUUCUGCUUUAGGGUGUUUCUGGUUAGAUUUAACCAAAUGAAAUCCACAUAAAUUAUAAAUCGGCACACAUUAUUUUCAAAUCUUUAAUUUGAAAUUGAAAGAAAACGUUUGUACUACCUUUGGCACUUCCUAAAUCGUGCACAGUAGAUUUUAAUCACAGUGUUUUGCUUGUGUACAUUGCAUUUCAAAAAGCUAGAAGUCCUUGAAUUUAAUUUAUUUCAGAGACACUGAAGCUUUAAGAUGAGCUCACCAUUUGGGAGAAGAUCUUAAGAUUUCACUUUGACAAUUGAGUAAAUCUAAACACACAACCGCGGCCAUUGAGAUUUAAUAUUUCCCCUCGCUUUUGCUAAUUUUUAUUUGUUGAAAAUGUAGCCUUAUAAUCUCAGCUCAGUGUUGCUUGGCUGGUAGCUCUUUAUUUUUUUUCAGAUCUGAUUUACAACCUACUUUUAUUACAUUUUAUACAGCUGGCAACCGUCACUGUAUUUAGCUCCUGUGAGUCGCUGGAGGCUGUUGUUGCACAUGUUGCUGGCGUUUCUGAAGGCUUCAUGUGCCGUAUGUAAACCACUGCUGAGAGAAGAGAAACCAACAUCCAUAAAGAAUGGGUUAUACUGUAAGAGUUAGGCCUAAAAAUGCACCAUAUACCAUACCUACUUUACUUGGUUUCCACAUGACAAGAAUACAUGUAUUAAUGAGCAUGAGUCACUGUUUUUCAGCUUUGGUGCCCAUUUCAGAAAAAAAAUAUCUUAUUUGUUUUGAAGAGUCUGGUUUAAAGGUUUUAAACUGAAGUUAGUGACUUUGGGUCCCACGCUUGAUGAAUGCCAGUUGUUUUUUUAAUGAGUGUGGGUGCCAGGGUGAGCGAAAACAUCUGCUUGGCUUUAAGAACGCCUGCUGACCUGACCACAGCCGCCGACUGCAACCAGCUGACCGAAAACUCCUUUUAAAGUCAUCGCUGCGGCUUCAUUGUUUAUCACUGCUGCGACUGUCCCGCACUUCAUGGCUGUGCUGACAUUGUUUCUUAUUACAAUUUGGAUUGAUUGUUGCUGCUGCUGCUGCUGUUGUUGUUGCUGUUGUUGUUGUUGUUGUUGUUUUCGGUAUGGAUCUGACACAGUGCCUACCAAAAACCAUGGGACCCUCCCUGUCAUCUACACAUGCGCGCUCUUUCAAAUACAUACAAGCUCACACA